CCAUCCAGCCGCCGGCGGGAGGAGCGCCGAGUAGUCGAGCGCCGCGGGAAUGCCGGCGGGAGUGACCGGGAAUGAUCGGGAAUGUCCGCCGGGACUGACCGGGAAUGAUCGGGAAUGACCGCCGGGACUGACCGGGAGUGACUGCGGCUGACCGCAGAGAGUGACCGAGACUGACCGCCCGGACCGACCGGGACGAACCAGGACUGACGGCCGGGCCGGAGGGGAGGAUGGGCGGCCUGGGCCCCUCCCAGCUCCAAAGGACUGUUUGGUAAAAGUUGUCAUAGCAAACUAGUAAAAACACAGGAGUUGCUGUUGGAGCGCGCUAAAAUAGGGAUUCCCCGACUUGACAAAACCCCAAACAAAACCACAGAUACGUCUUGAAAAUGUGGAAGUGUUUGGGACCCAAGGCCCUGAGCACCCUGACUGGACUUAAAUAUUAUUUUACUUCAAGUAAGAUGAUGGAGCCGCCAGCCUGGUGAGGCCCCUUCCAAGCCGGCUUAUUCCAUGAGUGUAUGAUGAGCUGGAGCCCAGGCCGUGUGCUCACACCACCAGCCGCUAUUUCCCGUCCCUCCUGUGUGUUCUCCUCCUUUCCGUGCUCGCUCUGUGCCUUCCGCUGAUGCCGCGUCUCGCAUUUGUGACCAGCUCUGUUGGGAGGUGCACAAGAGCUGAGUGCAGCCCCGGAGCUCUGCACAGACCAGCUGCUAGAGUAUUGGGUACUCAUAUAUGCAUAUGAAAUAGAAUAAUCACAUUACAUCUUGAUGAGAUUUUGUUUCCUCAGGCAGCCAAGAGACUGGAUAUUGUGAAAUAACAAACCCUUUGCUUUUUUAAAAGCUUCUCCUGCCCAACUAGAGCCCCAGGCUUUCCUUAAUCCGUGUGGGAUUGCUGCAGGCGUUAUCAGGAGCGAGGAGUGCUGCUCCAGCCUGUCCUUACCUCGUGUUUAUCCUGGCUGGCAGGAGGGACAGAGACUGUGGCCUUGGGGACUGACACACAUCCGUGGAAAUGCUCCCUCCAGCCAGGCAUUCCUCCUGCAUAUCACAGAAAGGACCAGGCUGCGGAUGGAGGAGGCCAAGGGUAUAAUCUGGAAGAAAUGAACGCAUGAACAGCCGCGUGCAGGGCACAGAACUGCUCAUGCUGCGCCCGGACACCGGGCGGGCAUGUGCUGAACUCUGGGUGUCUCGGAUCCAGGCUUAACCCCGCGGAGCUGCGGGCAGCCCUGUCCGUGUGCGCGCUGGAGAUGCAAUUUCAACAUCCCCACAGCUCCGUCCCAGCGCUUCCCGGAGCUCCCCCGGCACUCAGCCCGGCGGGGGGAGCCCGCCCGUACCAGGGAGCAGGAAUUCCACAGGAAUUCAAACGGGGGUUUGCGGGUUGGGCUGCGAGCAGACUCGUUCUGCUGGCACUUUUCUUUAAGCUGAUGCACUGAUUGCUCCAGGUCCGGCACUACUCUGGCACUUUGCUGGCCGGAAUUUUUACACUCACAGUGCUGAUCCAGGAGGAACAUCACAGACUCUUGGCGGUAUCUCACAGCAGUGGGGUCGCUGAUAGGAAACUGGGAUGAAGCUGCACCAGUUACUGAGGAGGAGGAGUCACACAAUCCCUUCACACAUGAAGGACUUGGCUUGAGAUAUUCUUCCACCGUUCAGGUUUAGCAGAGGAGCGGCUGCAGCAGCCUGGAAAUGACCAUGGAGAAGAUCCUGAAGGCAGAGCUGAACACCAACCUUCUGAAGGCACUGGGGAGCUCUGGGGGAGGAUGCAUCAGCCAAGGCCAAACGUAUGAGACAGACAGAGGACGGGUGUUUGUGAAAAUCAACCACAAACCUCAGGCUAGAAAAAUGUUUGAAGGGGAAAUGGCAAGUUUGGAAGCGAUUCAGAAAACCAAUAUUGUGAGAGUGCCUCAGCCCAUCAAAGUGAUUGACCUGCCUGGAGGAGGAGCCAUGUUUGCCAUGGAGUACCUAAAGAUGAAGCACCUCAACAAAUACUCUUCAAAGCUGGGAGAGCAGAUAGCAGAACUUCAUCUUUAUAACCAGAAACUUGGAGAGAAGCUGAGGACUGAAGGAAGCACAAUUGGAAAAGGAGCUGGUCACUCCGAGGCCCAGUUUGUGGAUAAAUUUGGAUUCCACACAGCCACUUGCUGUGGUUAUAUCCCACAGGUGAAUGAGUGGCAGAGUGACUGGCCAUCCUUCUUCAUCCGUCACCGACUCCAGGCUCAGCUGGAUUUGAUUGAAAAAGAUUAUGGAGACAGAGAAGCCCGAGAACUCUGGUCACAGCUGAAACCAAAGAUUCCUGAAAUGUUCUGUGAUGUAGAAAUUGUUCCUGCUCUCCUGCACGGGGACCUGUGGGCAGGGAAUGUGGCUGAGGACGACUCCGGGCCGAUUAUAUUUGACCCUGCCUGCUUCUAUGGCCAUUCAGAAUUUGAGCUGGCCAUUGCUGGAAUGUUUGGGGGGUUCAGCAGCUCUUUUUUCUCUGCCUAUCACAGUAAAAUACCCAAAGCUCCAGGAUUUGAGAAACGGAACAAGUUGUAUCAGCUCUUUAAUUACAUCAACCACUGGAACCAUUUUGGGACUGGGUACAGGGGCUCUACCCUAAACAUGAUGAAGAAACUUCUGAAGUAACCAGGUACAUUUGAGAAAUUCUGACACAGUCUCCUAGGAAUGAGCAGCCCCUGCUCAUCCCAAGUAGCACAAACUCGGAAUUGAUGGUAAAACACCUGAUAUGGGGAAGGUUUAAUGCAGUUUGAGCCUCACUAACUAAAAGCAAUUUUGUAAUCUUUAACUUGGGCACUAGUUUCCCUGCACAGAUUCCUCCCUGCUGAAGGAAAGGGCUGCACUGUUUGUCAAGGCUCCACUGGCCUGGAAAGCAGCAGGACACUCAGCCUGACCCUGCUCUCUCACCUCAUAGCUGCUGUGCUCCCACAGUUGUUCCACAGCAGCAUCUUCCCAGUUUGCUAUGGAGAGCUGCAGCUGUGGGACAGCGGUGCUGGAAGCAAGUUCUUGUGUCUGCCCUUGUUUGUUCUGGUUUAGCUUUCUGUCUGUUCCCAGCCCUUUGCCCAUUAAAAUUUCCAUGGUCUUCUGUUUCCUUUUCCUUUCCUUUUGCCCGUCAAAUAUCCUAAUCCAAAAUUUCAGUCAGAUUCUGUGAAUCUGAAAACAUUCUCUUUUUAAUUUAAUGAGUAGACAAGGUCCUUUAGCUGCAUUUGGCAAACAUAUGUAAUUAAUAAUAUUCCUAAUAUUUAUUUUAAUUUAAUGUAAUUUACUCACAUUCAUUUUUCCUUGCUAGAAGAACUGAAAUUCCAGUGGUAUUUUCUGGAAGGAUGUCUAGCUCCUUGGUAAUUAACUGUACAGUUAGAAGUAAGUUGUUACCAUUCAAAGUUGAUAAUAGCAUUUCAUUGUUUUAGUGUGAUAUUUCAGUGUGUUGUACAACAAUACAUAUGUAAAUAAUUUUGUAAAAAGACAGCAAAAUGUGGGAGGAAGGCUCUGUGGUUGGGUGAGAAGAAGCACCUGUGGCUGCUGGGUUGGUUGGUGCUUGACAUAUUUUCAAUUUUAGAAAAUGAGUGCAGUGGGCAAAGCUGGUCUGUUGUGCCACCACUGGGUUAUGGAAGGAACAGUGUCAAAUCUGAUGGAUUUGUAAGGGGUUUCAUUGUUCCUUACUGCUUUAUUUUUACAGAAAACACAGUGGGCAGUGGGAAUUUGGGGAGAAAAGUGUUCAGCAAAGCUACUGGUGCACAAUCUGAGCUAGGGUACAUUAGUGACUCUGGGGUGUUUUAAUGGAAGUGGCAAGGAGAGUAAAAGUAAGUGCAGUCCCACAAAUAUGAAUUAGAAGAUUUGGUUAAGAAUGACCUGAGUAUUCAGACUUCAGAUGGUUGGCAUGACUCAUACUCAAAUAUUAUAUUUAAAAUUGCUCAGAUAUAUUUAGACUUUUCUCAAUAUUAAAUGGUUGUGCUAUAAAGAUUUAACUAAGUUUAAAAUUUGAUAAUGUAAUUGGUUUAAAACAAUUCACUUUGCUCUCUGUAAAUAUGAUACAAAUAGUGAAAAAUUUUUGCUUCCUUUGAAUCAGGGGAAUCUGUCACUGUUGGUUAGAAAACAGAACUAGAAGAGUGGAAAAGUGGAACAGUAGGGUUAGAACACAGUUGGGAUUGUAGCUGAUGGCUGGAACGUCUAGGUCUGAGCAAAGUGCAUGUGCACUGGUGUUUAUGGAUGUGAAUAAACCCACCUGUAUCACACUGGGAAAUACUUGUGAACUCAAACUUCUUCUCAAAUAAAACACUUGCCUUGCAGAAACCCAGUUUUGGGUGUA